UGGCUGUAGCAGCAGACCAGCCAAGGUUACUGCUGCUUGUGCAGUGACGGUAGUGGCGUCUAUGACGUUUUUUCCCCCAAAGCAAUCUCUCGGCAUAAUCUGGGCGUCUGGGCAUUACCACAUGGUCUGCACGACAAUGGUAUUCAUACUUAACGUCCGCGAUGGAAGCCAGUAUGAUACUUCACUGAAAAGCUCUUAGUUUGCUCUCGAAGCUCCUCAGAAGCCGUGAGCUCAACUUCGCAAUCAUGGGUCUCGGCAAAACAGCUAUCAAGCUGCGCGGUGCAGAGGUCGGUAUUGAGGCCAUCAUGCUAGGAGUUGUCACAUCGAUAGGUGGCUUCUUGUUCGGAUACGAUACUGGCCAGAUUUCCAGUAUGCUUUUGUUCCCUGACUUCAAGCGACGCUUUGGUCAGUUCCAGGAUGCCCAGGGCGAAUGGCAGUUCGAUGUCGAGAUCUCGUCUUUGAUUGUGUCCAUGAUGUCCAUUGGUACUCUCUUCGGUGCUCUCCUUGGAGCUUACACUGCCGAUUGGUUUGGUCGCCGACGCAGUCUGUCCAUCGGGGUUGCCAUUUUCGUCGUUGGAAACAUCAUCCAGAUCACAGCUAUGACAUCUUGGGUCCACCUGAUGAUGGGUCGUAUUGUUGCUGGUGUCGGCGUCGGUAUCCUGUCUAUCGGAGUUCCGAUGUUCCAGAGCGAAUGCUGCCCUCGUGAGAUUCGAGGAGCAGUCGUUGCAUCGUACCAGCUCAUGAUUACCAUCGGUAUCCUGAUAUCGAACAUCCUUAAUUAUGGUGUUCGUGAUAGCCCCGGCGAUGACAGCGACGCUUCCUGGAGGAUUGUCAUCGGUCUUGGAAUUUUUUUCUCCCUACCCCUCGGCAUUGGCAUCCUCUUCUCACCUGAGAGUCCUCGCUGGCUCGCUGGCCGCGGUCGGUGGGAGGAAGCGCGCAUGUCGCUUGCUCGCCUGCGCGGAAAGAAGGACGACCCUAACGACCAACAUGUGAACGAUGAUUUCAAGGAAAUGCAGGAGUCGAUCGCAGAGCAAUCCAAGGCCGGUCAGGGUACUUGGUUGGAGUGCUUUACUGGUCAGCCGUCCGGAAUCCCUCGUCUCGUGUACCGCACUUUCCUCGGCUGUGGGCUACAGUUCUUCCAGCAGUGGACUGGUGUAAACUACUUCUUCUACUACGGUGCCACCAUUUUCGAGUCUGCCGGUAUCGAUGACCCCAUUCAGACCCAGUUGAUUCUUGGAGCUGUGAACGUCGUCAUGACAGUUCCUGGUCUCUGGAUGAUCGAGCGCUUUGGUCGUCGCAUGCCUCUGGUCUACGGCGGCCUUUGGCAAGCCUCUUGGCUGCUCAUCUUCGCCAUCAUUGGUAUUGUCCGCCCGCCUACAGAGCAUACCGACUCCGGCAUCGUCAUGAUUGUCUGCGCUUGCAUGUUCAUCGCAUCUUUCGCGUCCACCUGGGGUCCAUUCAUUUGGGUCGUCAUUGGCGAGACUUUCCCUCUCCGUACCCGUGCUAAGCAGGCUUCGCUCGCCACCGCAUUUAAUUGGCUUGGCAACUUCAUGAUUGGUUUCCUGACACCAUACGCCAACAGGGGAAUUGGGUACGCCUUUGGCUUCGUUUUCUUCGGAUGCAACUUUUUCGCCGCAGCCAUGGUCUACUUCUUUGUGUUCGAGACUAAGUCCUUGACUCUUGAGAGCGUCAACGACAUGUACAUGGAUACAUCUACCAAGGCGAUCAGCAGCAAGAGUUGGGUCCCUGUUGGCUACAUCAACCGUGAUGAGCGCGAUGAGUCUUACUGGCAUCGUCGCACAUCCAUCCUUGAGGAUCGUGCUGCUGCCGCACAUGUACCCAGGUCGGUGGAUGAGAAGAUUGAUGAUAAGGACAGCACUCCCCGCAACCAGUCGAUGCACCGCGAGACUGUGGGUGACGACAGAGUGGUCUAAGCUUGAUGGUCAAGCGGAUCAAUUUAAACAUUUGCAGUUUACUUUUAGCGUUGUAUAUCUGUACUGACUAUGUGUCGCACUCUUAAGAGGCGAUAUGUAUAUCACAAAUUCAUGAAAUUGUUCAAAUCAAGGCAACAUACCCAAACUUAAUGUUUAUCAUCUGUGCACUGACUGAUAUU